AUGAAUACGCUAUACAUUGCUGGAAUUAUUUGUCAGCUGGCAAGCUUUACAGGCGUCUCUUAUGCUCAGUGUGACCCGACAGGGUAUCCUAAAUGUCUAGCCGGGGUUCAACUUCCGCAAGGGGAAACAACAAGAGAUGUCAAUUGCACAGCUUUGAGACAGGUAGCAACCUGUCUUGAACCAUACAAAAGUUCUUGUGCAUCAAAUACAGACUUCCAGCGCAUUUUACAGACAAUUUUACAGACAAUCAAUAUAACAUGUGGUGAUUCUAGCUGCGACUUAAUCAAGUGCUUGACAGACAUGGGAAUAGAUUUUGGAAGUUUACAAAGCGAUCCAGAGAAAGUUAACUGCGAGAGUUUUCGUGCAGCGCAGCCUUGCUUUGAAAGCCAAAAGAAUGUUUGUGAGGGAAACACAAUCUUCGAAACAGCUGCAGGUUAUAUUCCGCAAUUAGAGUCAAGGUGUGGCAGAGGGGGUUCCCAAGGCAAUGGAACCUUCACUAUCCAAGCAACCUGGAUUCUCCUGUUUGUUGUACUGGUCAAUAUGGCAGCUCUUUCUCAAUGAUAGCAGGAUACUUACCAAAACACCGUAAAGGAACUAUUUUUUCUUGGGGGGAGGGUUAAAAUGUCUUCGAGUUCGUGUUAUAAAGAGACCCAGGAAUUCAUGUUCUCCACUAAAAUUAAAAUAUUAAUCUACAGUAUCAUUUUUCUUCUUCAACCAAGUUAAACAAUAAUUUUUCACUAACAACGAAAAUUUAACCCCAUGAAAACCCACGAAAAUAGUACUAGCAAUGGAUAUGGAACAUCCUACGGAGAUGUGAAUCCUUGUUAUCAAAAGUGUGAAAGCAAAUUUCAAAAUUAAUAUGUAUUGAUCAUCCGAGUGGCCUGUAAUAGACUAUAAAGCUUUUUCAAGACAGUUACACAUCAUUGUUUGACAAAAAAUAUAGCCGUUCAGAAUAAUAACGAAUCGAAGUAGAAAAUGAUGGAAUUAUACACAAAUUCUAUAAUCGCUAUGCCUGUGCUUCUGGUUACAACUUUUAUCCAUCGGUCAUUUCAUUUAAAUCAAAGUAUUUACAA